CAGUAUUUUCCCGCUUCCCGUCUUCAAUUGAUUUCAAUGUAGUGCUUACAUCCUAAAUAUGCUAUCAAUGCAUUCUUGGUGAUAUUAAAUGUGUGGGAUUAUCACCUGUGAGCAAACUUUAAUCAACUCAUGUCAGAGCCAGUGCAAUAACUAUGCAAUGCAACUGUUUUGGAACGGUCCGUGCUGGCAAGUUGUUUUGCCGUUCAGGCAUUUGCCUGGAUGGGCAUCUCUAACCCUUUAGCACUGCUAGACGAUUAGAGGCGGUUAACUGCUGCCAUAAGACUAAGCAAAUCAAUGUUAUUCAUUUACAAUAUGAGAUUACAUUCAUUCCAUUAAUUUGUAGUUAAUAAAUGUGUGUGGAUAUUCUAUACUGUUGUGUGUACAGUGAUACUUCGCCUAAUGAGUAGGCUGCAUACUUGCACAAUGAUCUUUAGCUCUGACGGACAUUGAAAAAAUGACUAGUUUCAGAAGUUGAUGAGAAGAUUAGUAAAAUGCCUGUUAUGUUAUAAUGUUUUGAGAUGAACGGUUGCUAAUUGGUAUGCUAUUUGGGGAAAAAACACUGGUGCAUAGAUCCACCUUAACAGUUGUCAGGUAACACAGUUAUCCAAGAAGCUGCAAUGUAAUCUUGUACUAUUGGUGAAGUAUGGGUUGUAUUAACUUACACGCAUGUAACUAGCAUCGUAUAUUCUGAAUUCCAAAAGCCCUUUCUUUAGCUAUGACUGGACAGUGUUAAUGAUGGUUUAGCAUAGGACACCAGUAGAAUGACCUCAACUGUAUCGCUGUGACAUAUCUAGAACACGCUUUGCAAGCGCGAUGAUUGUGUGUGAGAAGUGUUCUACAGAACUGCUCAGCCCUAGUUGUCCUUCAUCAUCAAGAACAUCAGCAGAAGGUGUAUAGCGCUCAGAGAGACAGAAACUCACCCCACAUGUUCCUGCUGUUUUCGUUUGGAGGAGGGAUAUGACCGGAGGGCAGACCACGUGAGCAGAGAUGCGGAAACGUACGCUAGUGUGAGGGGGAGGGGGAGACGGCAGUGAGGACAGGAAGGAGAGAGAGUGGGAGGGGAAGGGAGGGGUGGAGUCACUGCAGAGGCAUCGGGGAUGACUGAAGAGGAAAGACAGCAGUGAGCUCCCCUAUUUUUCCUCCCCUCACUCGGAACGAGAGAGGAGGAUGCUGCGGCCGGAGGACAGAGGAAGCUGGAGGAAGGAUGUGAAGUGGAAGAGCACAGAGGAGCGAAAGAAGAGUCGAGCAAAAAGAAGGGAUGGAGAAGUGACACUGAAGCGGUCAGGCACGCGGCGGCGUUACCAUGACGAUGGCAUCUCCGAUGACGAGAUCGAGGGGAAGAGAACCUUUGACCUGGAGGAGAAGCUGCGGAGCGAUCGCUUCAGCUCCGAUCGGGUCAGACGGCUGGAGGGGAAAGAUUUCAACUUCGAGUACAUCCAGAGGGAAGGACUGCGGGACCCUAUCAUCUUUGAGAGGCCAGAAGGACUGGGCAUCAAGAUGCCAGACUCUGACUUCAGUGUGAACGAUGUGAAAAGUUAUGUAGGCAGUCGGCGAGUGGUUGACGUGAUGGAUGUGACCACUCAGAAGAACAUUGAGAUGUCUAUGGCACACUGGAGGCGGUACUAUGAGACCCCACCUGCCCAGAGAGAAAAGCUGUACAACGUCAUCAGCCUGGAGUUCAGCCACACCAAACUAGAGAACCUGGUCAAAAGGCCUGCGACGGUGGACAUCAUUGAUUGGGUGGACAACAUGUGGCCCCGGCACCUGAAGGAGCGACAAAGAGACUCCACCAAUGCUAUCAUAGACAUGCAGUACCCCAAAGUGCAGAAAUAUUGUUUGAUGAGUGUGCAGGGCUGCUACACAGACUUCCACAUUGACUUCGGGGGCACGUCUGUCUGGUACCACAUAUUACGAGGAGGAAAGGUCUUCUGGCUGAUCCCACCCACACCACAGAACCUGGAUCUCUAUGAGAACUGGGUGCUGUCGGGCAAACAGGGUGACAUCUUCCUGGGUGACAAGGCCACCGACUGCCAGAGGAUAGAACUUAAGCAGGGAUACACAUUCAUAAUACCAUCAGGCUGGAUCCAUGCAGUCUACACACCUGUAGACACGUUGGUCUUUGGUGGGAACUUCCUGCACAGUUUUAACAUCCCCAUGCAGCUCAACAUCUACAGCAUUGAGGACCGCACACGGGUUCCUGCCAAAUUUCGCUACCCGUUCUACUACGAGAUGUGUUGGUAUGUCCUGGAGAGGUACCUGUAUAGCCUGACCAACACCUCAUACCUGACGCCCGACUUUCAGAAACACUCCCUGGGCAUCGGCCUGAAGCGAGAGGCCUCUAGCGAAGACGGUGAAAACCUUAACGGCCACAACAAAGAGGAAGAUGACGAAGAUGAUGAGAAGCCCCCCUCUCCCCUCAUCAAACCUGGGGUUAAAGUUCACCUGACUCCCUUUGAGCUGGAGGGGAUGUGGAGCCUGCUGGGGAAGCUGGAGUCUCUGCCUUCCCACAAGAACUGUGUGCCUGCUGGCAUCCAAAACGCACCUGCCCUGCUGCAUGACAUCAAGGCACUGCUAAAGGAACAUGCUGCUGACAUCCCCAAGCUAUCCUACACUGGAAAACCUAUUGUGAAGUGGCCAAGGAGACCCUCGUGGUAUUCACCUCCUCCUACCCCAGCCCCUGUAGGGCGCCCUCGUCUGGCCACUACGGUUGUGGCGCCACGGCCGGUGAAGCCGCCCUCGUCCAUGUCGGUGCUGCGGCGGCGACGCGUACGCUGCAAGCGCUGUGAGGCCUGUCUGCGCACUGAAUGUGGCGAGUGCAACUUCUGCCGAGACAUGAAGAAGUUCGGUGGCCCCGGCAAGCUCAAGCAGACCUGCGUGCUUCGCCAGUGCCUGGCGCCGGGCCUGCCCCUGUCAGCAGCGUGUGAGGUGUGUGGGGAGGGCAACCCUGAGCCUGGCGAGUCCCAGACCUUCUCCCUCAUGCUCAUGGAGUGCUCCAACUGUGCCCAGAUAGCGCACCCCGGCUGCCUCAAGGUGGCAGGAGAAGGAGUAGUUAAUAAAGACCUGCCCAGUUGCUGGGAAUGCCCCAAGUGCGUUCAGGACAAGGGCAACAACUCUGAGUCAUCGGGCAGCGGUGAUGACGGCCCGGCGAGCGGGUGCCUGCUCCUUCUGCCUGCGGCCCAGCGCCUCUUCGCGCCCGAGGGGGCCGCGUUGGGCCGGCAGGGUCAGGGGGCCGGGGCCGUGUGGCGAAGGGUGGGCCGCCCCCCUUCCUCCUCCUCCUCUCCCCUCCCUCUCGCCCAGGGGUCGCCACGGCAACGGGCGGGCACCCUGGAGCAGCAGCGGCGGCUCAGGAAGAGGAUCAAAUUGGAGCGGAAGAAAAUCCACAUGAAACGGAAGUCCUCCUCUCUGGAUGGUCGUCCUGCUAAGAUGUACCGCCGGCAUGGCCACGACCAAGAUGAAGAUGACUCGGUCAGUGACGACGAUGAGGAUGAUGAGGGCAUGCGACCAGGGCCAAGGAAGAUGUCACUCCACGCCCGGGGUGGGACUUCGGCUAGUCGCCGUGGUUAUGGUGCUGGGAGGCGGGGCAUAUGGAGAGGCACCUCUCACCGGGGGAGGGGUCGAGGCAGCGGGUUGGCCCCCAACUCUGGGUUGAAGAUGAGGCGGGGUUUUGGGGUUCGAGGCGAGAGAGGCGGCCGGGUUAGACUCCGGGGUGGAUCCAGGAUGCAGCGGCGACGCUACGAGUCAGAUGACGACGAUGACGAUGAUGAUGACGAUGAUGACGACGACGACGAUGACGACGAUGACGAAGAUGAUGAGAGCGACGAGGAGCACAUGAGCCACGCAGAGAAAGACCAUCGACGGCGGCGGCGGAGACGCAGAAGGAGAGAUGAUGAUGACGACGACGACGAUGAGGACGACGACGACGAUGAGGACAGCGAGGACCUGGACGGAGAGGACGAGGAGAUGGACGACAUGGACGAAGAGGACGACGACGACGACGAUGACGAAGAGGAGGACGACAACCAGACCGACUCUGAUCCCGAGCCACCUGUGCUGCUGGUUUCGGACCUGAACGACGAGUUGCUGAAUGGCUCCUACCUGACGGUCACCCUGCAGCGCCCCACCAAGGCCAAGCGUGACCCCGGCUCCAUCGUGCCCAAGCUAGAGGCCGCCAUGUCCCCCCGAGCGCCCAGUGGCAGCAGCCCCGGCCCUGGCUUCAUCCAGCGCAAGACCCUGCACAAGGCACGCCACAAGAAUGGCAGCACUGUUGCCACCGGCAACGGCCUCACGCAACCAAAGGGUUCUGCUUUGGCAACGCCGGGCAGACACCCACGGCAUCGCAACUCCAACCAUCGGCACCAUCACCACAGAGACGGCGAGAGGGACACGGCCUCACCUUCCAGCUCGGCGUCGUCUCGCUCCUCAGUUUCGCCCACACCACCUCCACCCUCAUCUUCCACCUCUCCUCCGUCGCUCCUCUCCCAUCCCUCCUUCCGGGAGGUGGGGAACGAGCCGGGCGCUGAGAAGGAGGUGUGGGUCUCUGUGUUCCGAUACCUGACACGCACUGAGCUCAGCGUCUGCAUGACUGUCUGCAAGGCCUGGUACAAGUGGGGCUGUGACAAACGUCUCUGGACUCGGAUAGAUCUUAGCCGCUGUCGCUCUCUGACCUCUCAAGCCCUGUCAGGCAUCAUCAAGCGCCAGCCAGUGACCCUUGACCUCUCCUGGACACCCAUCUCCAAGAAGCAGCUCUCCUGGCUCAUCCACCGAAUGCCAGGUCUGAAGGAUCUGCUGGUGGCCGGCUGCCCCUGGCUGUCUGUGUCGGCACUCAGCUCCUCCAGCUGUCCGUACCUGCGCACCCUGGACCUGCGCUGGGCCGAGGGGGUGAGAGACAGCCAGAUCAAAGACCUGGUCACACCCCAAGGCGUUGAGUCGCGCAGCCGACUGCGGGCCAUGCAGACGCUACGCCUGUCGGGUCUGGACAUCGGUGACUCGACGCUGCGGCUGCUGCUCAGACACAUGCCCCUGCUGCGGCGGCUAGACCUGGCCCACUGCCGGGCCAUCACAGACCAGUCCGUGAUCCUCCUAACUGCCACCGGCUCCCCCACACGCCACGCGCUCACCGAGCUUAACCUUGCAGGCUGUCAUAAGCUGACGGACGCAUGCCUGCAGUACCUGAAGCGCGCGUCUGCGCUGCAGCUGCUGGACCUGCGGGGCUGUAAGGGCGUGACGCGCCGCGCCUGCGAGAGCUUCAUCUCCGACCUCUCCUACUGCACCUACUUCUGCAUGACCGAUGACAAGCUCAUCCAGAGGAUAUCCUAACGGCGCACGCCCACACACACACACACACACCGCGCACACACACCCUCUCCAACACACACCUGACCGCAGCAGCCGCUGUAACACACCCAAAGUCCUCCUCUAUGUCAGUGACAAAGAGUGAGUGAGAGGGAGGAAGGGAGCAGCUCCACUAAACCAUUGGGGCACAAGGGCCAUGAUGGCAGGAUGAGGGAGCAGUGGAGGAGGGAGAGGAUUUAAAUGAAUGACCAGCCCUACUUCCCUUGAGAUGGUGUUAUGGGGGGAUGGAAUGGCUGCCUGAGAGAACGCUAACGGCUCCUCUGUGGGCUGGAGAGGUGGUUGAAGGCCUGAGCUGGGCUCCAGUGUUUUAAGACUGAGAACAGUGGGCUAGAGGGAGCAGGAGCGCCUGUAGAACUAGCGCCCUCAUUGUGUGUGUGUGUGUCCCCGUAUCCACAUGGAGACCGGUCUGUGUUCAGUAGAUCAGCAUUUUUGUUCUUUUUGGUGAACAGCUGAAAGUCCAGUCAGGGUGAGUGGGAUGUCCCGUAGCAUUGCUGUGUAGGAGACAAAGUCUGAUGACCAGUGGCACUGGACUUUAACAAGGCAUCAAAUCUUGAGCAUAGGUGAAGACUCUUUCCGUCUGCCUCCACCAGAACCAGAGGUAGCACGGGCCCGAUGGACUGCUAGUCAAAACUGAAGUUGACCUACCAUCUGCUGUCCGUGUCGCGCUCCAGAGGUGGAUGUGUCGGGUGGAAUGGCCUACGCUCCAAGCCUAGUGCCAACUGAGAACUCUGCUUUCAGCCAGACUCGCUGUGUGGUUUUUGCACAGCCUCAGUUAUCAUAUGUUUCCAUUCUUUUAGCUCCUUUUCUGCUUUCUGUUUCAGCAUGUCUAUUUUAGAAUUCCUGCUCAUCUUCAAAACCCGUCCUAAAAUUUGCUUUUUGGACAGCCUCAGCAUCUGUGGGUCUUCAUUCUGGAACACCACCACCGUUCUCAAUGUCUGUUUUGUUGUUUUUUCUCUGUAUUUACGUUGAGUGGUACAUUGCUCUGUCUUACCCUGCUGUACCUGUAGUCUCGACUAAGGGUUGUUCAUAUUCUCUGUGUAAAUUGUUUUGCUCUGUCAUUAAAACAUGACUUUAUAGUAA